UCUUUCUUCCUCUCUCUACUGGAAAUGGAGAGAGAGAGACAGAGAGAGGGAGAGGAGAGAGUCUGAAGCGCAGGGCAUCAGUGUACUGCUGCUCCCUGCCUAAAAUGUACUGCUGUCCACCUGUGCAGGAUUAUCUCCGUCCAGGCAGCGGACACAGGAGACAACUAACAACAUCCAUCGCUUGCCCGGACUGCCUGAGAAUGAACCGCCGUUCGGAGGGAAUGAAGACGAGGGACUAAGUUACCGUUAGCGCCUCGACAUUUUUCCCCCCGCCUGUCAGCUACUGGCACACGUUCAGUUUUGUAUCCAUUGCAGUUUUUACUCUACUUUAUUCAGUAUCGUUUGCUUGUUUCUUGGCAACUCCACCGGCUCACGUCGUUUUCUCUCUCUCUCUCUCCCUUCCCACAACGCUCUGUGGUUUUUGGUGCUCGUCCACAUUUUUCUGCCCGCAUUGGAAAUUCAGGCUUCCGUUUUAAUUGCUACUGCUUGCUCGCUGGCUGCCCCGUCGGAGGGGUCCGAUCAGGAUAAAAAAAACCAAAAGGCGCAGCAGCGGAGGGGAGCGGAGCGCGUCUUCCCGGCCUGCACAUUGGCGCGCAUACAGAGAAGGCGGACCUAUUGCGCACCGCACCGCUCCUUCACGCACACAUGGGCACGGAUACGCACGCACGCACGCAUGCACGUGCACACCCAGACAUGCAGCUCUUUUCCCUCUGCAUUACAUAGUUUUUGAUUGCAACCAAACACCAGUUUACCCCUGAGUCCAAAGCCGGGACGCGUUCACCUUUCACCCAUACAUUCCUUGGCAAGUUCGUUUUUGACAUGCACAAGGCGGACACGCACUAAGGAAACCAUCGCAGAAACAUUCCUGUCUAAAAGAUGAGAGAAAUUGGCCUCAGCGGAUCUUCCGUCGGUCACCGGAAUUGCGAGUGCAGGGUCGGGGCGGAGGGCACCGGGGAGAGAGGACAAGGAGAGGCCGGGGAGGAGGAGCUCUCAGCCGGACUGCCCGCCGCGGAGGAGCCGCUGCUGCCGGUGCUCAAGAAGCAGGCUGCUGCUGCCGGGGGGAGGCGGGGGGAGGAUGAACGGUGCCUCAGUGUGAAAUUAUAACACUCAGCUGGCUUUGGGAGUGUUUGUUUUUCUCUCGGUUUACCUCUCACUAAUUAGUCUGAAGAUGCGAGAUAACGAACAGUGGCCUACUUAAUAACUGUCACCCUGUACUCUUAUCAACGUGGCACUUUUGGGCCACCUUAAAGGUAAAUUCAGCACUUUGGAGAAGUAAAGGCCUGCAGUUGCGAAUUUGCCUGUGCAGUACCCUUUGGAAGGACAUCCUGCCACUUAACAGGCCACUUGCAUCAGUUUAACUUUGUGGAAUGGUUACAUUUUUCCUCAAUAGCUUAAGGUGUUUGUAGUUGAUAAGUCAGAUUUAUCCAAGUGAAAAAUCCUAAUAAUAUUCCUGUAAUCUUUAUGUAGGGAUUUAGUGUGUCUGUGGUGCUCGGUAGUGAGUUUAUGGUCACCAUAUUGCACUUGAUGGUAUUUUUUAUGUCUUAAAUAUUAGUGGGCUAUAAUAUCUCCUUGGAAUAUUAUGUAUAAAUUUAUAGUUUUCUGUGAUAUUUGUAUACCAUAUUUUAAAUUUGCUAUAAGACCACUGUAGUUCUUUUCUAUUAUACCUAGAGAAUUCACUUACUCCAGGAUAUAUCCAGAUAUCCUGAAGGGGCCCUGUUUCCAGGUGCCUUGGUAGUGGAGGCUGGCGAUUUAUCAUUUAUUCAUAUAUCUAUUUGUCUAUGAAAUAUUUAAAGGUAAAGGAUUGAUUUUAGGGCCUGCAUUCAUCCAUUUGCAACAUGGAAGUGUUUUGCUGUAUUGGGCUUUUGUAAUGGAAGCGACUCUGCUGGCUUUGCUUUAGUUUAGAGUCCUCUUGAUUCCUUUUGUUUUCUAGGCUAAUUUGAGCGCAGACUAUCUGAGCAAUACUUCUGUGUCCCGAACUUGAACCUGGCCUUAUAAACCCUCCAGAGGAUGGUCACCUGCUGAUCAUACAGUCAGACAGACACAUGUGUGUCAUGACACUUGUUGGCAGGUGCCGUUUGCAGAUACACCAACACGCCCAGUUAUUUCUAGACGUUAAUAUCACUGUGUGCUUUUGGAGUAUCGAUUCGGAACAAGCGUCGAUGCUCGGCGGAAUGUAACGCAAACUGCGGAGCUGCUGCAGUUUCAAACAGACAACGAGACUCAGUGGAAUACAGGCUGGAGUCAGUGAAUGCAUCUCCAGUCUUAGCCGGCAUCAGCUUACUGUGGGGUCACAUAGACUGGAGAGCCAGAGAAGUCUGGACACAAAGCACAAGAAACCCCACCUGAUUUAGAUCAUCGCGCCCGGCGGAAGAGCAUAGCCACUGGGAAGCAGCCCAGCAUGGAGGUCCCUCCCACUGCCCCCCUUCAACCCUUCCGACAAUCCAGUUUCCUCAGUAGAAGGUUGAAGGGCUCGAUCAAGAGGGCUAAGAGUCAGCCCAAACUGGACCGAACCAGCAGUUUCCGCCACAUGAUCCUCCCCCGCUUCCGCAGUGCCGACCAAGACAGGACCCGUUUGAUGCAGAGCUUCAAAGAGUCCCACUCCCAUGAGUCCUUGCUGUCUCCCAGCAGCGCUGCAGAGGCGCUGGACCUCACCCUGGACGAGGACGCCAUCAUCAAACCUGUCCACUCGAGCAUCCUGGGACAAGAGUACUGCUUUGAGGUGACUACGGCGUCGGGAACCAAGUGCUUUGCGUGUCGCUCAGCUGCAGAGAGAGACAAAUGGAUCGAGAACCUGCAGAGAGCUGUCAAGCCCAACAAGGACAACAGCCGGAGGGUGGACAAUGUGCUCAAACUGUGGAUCAUCGAGGCCCGCGAGCUUCCAGCCAAGAAACGCUACUACUGCGAACUUUGUCUGGACGACAUGCUGUACGCACGCACCACCAGCAAGCCCCGAACCGACACCGUUUUCUGGGGCGAGCACUUUGAAUUCAACAACCUGCCAGCUGUCCGCAACCUACGCCUUCAUCUUUAUAAGGAGACAGACAAGAAGAGACGCAAGGAAAAGAGCACAUACUUAGGACUUGUAAGCAUCCCCAUCUCAAGCAUCACCGGACGUCAGUUUGUGGAGCAGUGGUACCCGGUCAUCCAGCCCAGCGUCCUCACUAAGGGAGCUGGUGUCGGAGGGGGAAAGAUCAUCAACGCAUCCCUACGCCUCAAAUCCCGCUUCCAGACCAUGAACAUCCUGCCCAUGGAGCUGUACAAGGAGUUUGCAGAGUACGUCACCAAUAACUACCGCACCAUGUGUGCCGUGCUGGAGCCCGUGCUGAGUGUCAAGAGCAAAGAGGAAGUGGCCUGUGCGUUGGUGCAUAUACUGCAGAGCACAGGGAAGGCUAAGGACUUCCUGUCAGACAUGGCGAUGUGCGAGGUAGACAGAUUCAUCGACCGAGAACACCUUAUCUUCAGAGAGAACACUCUGGCCACCAAAGCCAUAGAAGAGUACCUCAAACUGAUCGGACAUAAGUACCUCAAGGACGCUAUAGGGGAGUUCAUAAGGGCCUUGUAUGAGUCAGAGGAAAAUUGCGAAGUGGACCCCAUGAGAACACCACCCUCUGUACUCCCAGACCACCAAGCCAAUCUCCGAAUGUGCUGUGAACUAGCACUCUGCAAGAUCGUUAACUCCCAUUGUGUUUUCCCUCGAGAGCUAAAGGAAGUUUUUGCCUCCUGGAGAGUGCGCUGUGCUGAGAGGGGUCGGGAAGACAUCGCCGACCGUCUCAUCAGUGGUUCUCUCUUCCUGCGCUUCCUGUGUCCUGCCAUCAUGUCCCCGUCACUCUUCAAUCUCACUCAGGAGUAUCCUGACGAGCAGACGUCACGCACGCUCACCCUCAUCGCGAAAGUAGUGCAAAACCUGGCUAACUUCUCCAAGUUCGGCAAUAAAGAGGAGUAUAUGUGUUUCAUGAACGAGUUUUUAGAGAUGGAGUGGGGCUCCAUGCAGCAGUUCCUGUAUGAGAUCUCCAACCUGGACAGCGUCAGCAACGCAGGUGGCUUUGAGGGAUACAUCGACCUUGGCAGGGAGCUGUCCAUACUGCACAGUCUCCUCUGGGAGGUCAUGGCUCAGCUCAGCAAGGAUGCCAUCAUCAAACUGGGUCCUUUGCCUCGCCUCCUAAAUGACAUCAGUAUGGCCUUGCGUAACCCACACCUCCAGAGGCAGCCCAGCCAUCAGACAGACAGGGUGCAGGAGAGGCAGACAGAAAGGCUGCUGUCACGGCCGAGCUUCAACAGGGGAAUCUCAUCCGAGUUCCAAAACCUCAUGAUGAGGGAUCUUGAUAGCUCUAUAGAUAUCACUCGCUUGCCUUCCCCUACCUCCACCGGAGGGGUCAUGCCAUCUCGCUCCCAGAUGAGUUUCCAGGAUCGUGACCACCCCCAUCGAGCGUCCUCCAAAGACAUGUUUUAUGUGUCACGCCCUCCCCUGGCCCGGUCCAGCCCAGCCUACUGCACAAGCAGCUCGGACAUCACGGAACCAGACCCGAAGGAUUCCCGAAUGAACAGCGUGUCUAACCUGCAGUCGGUGGACAUGCUCAACUCCUCCCAGGCCUCCAUCGCCGGCAUGGGCAGCUUCGGAGGGCUGAGCAGCGGAGGCGGUGGCGGCCUGGGGUCGGGCCUGAGCAGCCAGCUGCGGGCCGGUGGGAGGUUGUCAGCUGGCUCUGGCGGCUCCAGCAUGUCCGGCGGCCUUCGGCUGAGCCAGCUGAGCCAGAUGGGCACCACCACCGACUCGCUAUCCCAGCAGCAGCAACAGCAGGCCGCCGCCAUGCGCUACCCGCUUUCCUUCCAGAAUCCUCUCUUUCAUCUGGCGACUGCUGAUGGGCCUCAACAGCAACAGCUCCAUCACCAGUACAGCCGGGCUCAACCCCCAGCGCCCCUGCUCCUGGCCCCAGACCCUGAGCCCUCUCACCAUGCCUACAUCCCACAGUUCGCCCAUGGGGGGUUCUCUCGCAGUGAGGACCUGUCCACCCUCAGGACCAGGGACGGUCACCUGGGCCAACCCAGCAUCAUCCACUCACACAGCUACAGUGACGACUACAGCAGGGCGGAAUAUGGACGUCGGCAGAUGUCCAUGCAAGUACAGGAUAACCUCCAACAGCAACAACAAAUGAUGGGCUUGACUUCCCAGACAGGAACCUCCCACUCCUCUCUGGCCACCACGCCCCCUUCCACUGUCCAACCCAUGCGGCAGAGUUCUGUUGCGCCGCCUCCCACUCACCGUGUCAAGUCCCAGACCUCCCAUCAGCUGUCCGUCAGUGCAGCUGCUGCACCUGCUGCUCCGGCUAAAACACGGCCGCAGAGUGGAAAUCUCCUCCAGUCACCAGAGUCCGGCUAUGGCGCCAGGCAGCACGGGUCCCGGCAGCUCUCCGUCAAAGACAACACUGCCCCGGGCCUGCCCCACCAGCAGAGCUCUGUCAGGGAAAGUCAGAGUCCACAGGGAACCACGAGCACUCAACAGUCACCACAGCAACAGUCUAAGCAACAGCAACAGCACCUGCUCAAACCCACCAUGACCAAACAGGGCUCCCAGUCUCCAUCUACCCUCAAUCCUCCAACCCCAGCCAAUGAGCGAACAGUGGCUUGGGUCUCCAACAUGCCUCAUCUGUCGGCUGACAUUGAAAGUUCGCGGAUUGACCGUGAAGAGUUCAAACUGAAGGAGUACUCAAAGAGCAUGGAUGAGUCACGCAUGGACAGGGUACGUGAGUACGAGGAGGAGAUCAACUCCUUGAAGGAGCGCCUGCUGAUGUCCCACAAAAAGCUGGAGGAGUACGAGCGGAGGCUCCUCACGCAGGAGCAGCAGACCAACAAGAUACUCCUACAGUACCAGAAUCGACUCGAUGACAGUGAGAGGAGGCUACGGCAACAGCAAAUGGAGAAAGACUCCCAAAUUAAAGGAAUAAUUAGCAGACUCAUGGCUGUGGAGGAUGAGUUAAGAGGAGGACCCAUGAUUGAGCCAAAAGCCAGGAUUUUCGCUGAUCAGGGGAGGCGUCAGUCCAUCCUAGUGCAGCCCCGUCUCGCACCUGUCCCACCCCGAGUACCCAGCCACUCUCAAAGUUUCAUGGAGGACAAUGUGGAACCUAAUUGGCUGAUGCACCAUCGGCACGCCGCAGGGUGGCAUGGCCAAAUGUCCAGAGCCCUCUCUCGUGACGCGAUUGGCUGACAAAGGGAGAACUUGGGGCAUUGGUCCCAUUCUCUUUGCUCAAAGGAUGGUGCAGAGCCCCAGCGGACCAUGUAAGGAAAUGCUGGGUUUUUUUUCUUUUCUUUCUUUCUUUUUUUUCUUUUUUCUUUUUUACUGGACCUGGGCCCUCUCUCUCUGAUUUGAUAACAGGAUUUUUUUUUUUUAAAUGUGUCUGACGCCUCUUGCUUGGAUCUACAUUUUACUUUUAAAAGUUAGGCUGGACGCAUAUUGGCGUUAGCUAGCCUGCCGAGCAUGCAAAGAACAGCUAUGCAGCCUGAUCAAUCAGCAGAACGAAGGAACACAAAGGCCAAGGAAGGUGUGAUGCUCAAAGUGAGAGAGAGGGGGGGAGUUGUAUUGUAGGUAAGAUGUAUUUCAAAGGUGCUUGACUUCUCUUAAAAUUUCAGUCAAAGCUGAUUUACUUUCAAAGCAUUUAUUUCCCUCUAUCUCUCUCUCUUGUAGUCUUUUCAAAUUACCCUUAGAUUCAUAUACUCACUCUUUAUCUAUCUAGGAAAGCAUUAUUUAACCACUUCAUUUUUACUCCAGUGUAGACAAAAGUAAUCUCUCUUACCGUUCAUAGUUUUAGUUUUUCCGUUCCAAUCACUUUCAGACUUUGAUUUUAAAGGAAACUAAAUAUGCACAGCCUAAUACAACAAGUGAAACCCGCUUCAGAACUCUUGCUUCAUUGAAGACUUUGAAAAACCGGACAGAAUGUUAUUAUUUAUAUUUCUAUGAUACUGCUUAUUCUUACAAUGGUAUUUAACAACAAAAAAAAAAACUCUUCAUCAGAAAUCUUCCGGAGCAGAUAUUUAUUUCUUGAUAUAGAUAGAUGCCUCUAUCUAAUGGAAGUUCAUAAAUAACCCAUUUUAUAUGAACCAAGUUUUCUUACUAAGACAAUCUUGCGGAGAGGAUCGUUGCCCUGAAGGACUGUGAUGAAAGGGACAAACUUGUGUUAUACCUACUCCUCCUUUACAGCAGUUUGCACGUUGCUGUGACCUGUGCCCUCCUUCCUCUUAGUUAUAACCAUUCAAAACAAAAAAGGAAAAAGUGGACGGAUGUUUCUUGCCCAAUGGUCGCCAUGGAGCUCUCCAUUUAGGGACGAUGGGAAAGUCUCUGGAUGAGGACAUUCUUACAGCUCUUGUUUUGUACUCCACUUCGACUAUCUGUCUGUAGAGUUUUAACCGAGCAGAGGAUGAACUCUUGGUUUCAGUGUGGCCACAUUUCUGCAGUCAAAUUGCGGUAAAACUCCCCAUUUGUUUCUAUGGAUGGACUCCACUGACACCAGUCUGAGUUGAAAUCCCUGCCGUUUCCACUUGUGACUGAAACAGAGAGAGAUAUGUUAGAGGUCCUGCUGAAACGAGUGAAUGUGUUUGUAUAUAAGUGUGCGUACUGGCUAAAUCUUUGUGUAUAUACUGGAUAAAUGUGUAUAUAUGGUAUGUCUAUGUGUAUAUACAGUUUGUUUGUAUAUGCAGAGUGUACAGUUAUUUUUUCCUCUAAUGUUUCUCUCUCUUUCUAUGACUAGGUCUUCUCAAGUUACCAAUACUGAGGCAUGGAAAGGUUUUUAAAAUGUACUGAGCUAUCGGAGGCACUUUCUGUGCAGACUUAGAAUAUCAGCAAGGUCUGUCACUUAUAGCUGCAUUCUUGAAGCUCUCAUACAAGAAGUAACUCACAUAAUCUUAAGCUUGCACUCAUUUUCUGACCAACUAAAAAGCUUUUCUAAGUAGAUUUGGGUGACCAAGCAAUGUUUGUACAUAUAUAGACUAAGACAAUUUUUUUUUCCAGAAACCUCCAUCUGCAUUUCUUUGAAAGGUUCUCGACCUGUUUUGAGUUCUUGCGUAUCUGACUUUCACUUUAGGUUCCUAUGGUAUAUGUUUGCAACGGUUGUCAUUCAGAGUUAUAUAUUUAUUCCGACAACCCUUAUAUAUUUCUUGAAAUUUUUUUCCCCAAAUUCUGCCUCUCAUGGAGCCUUCUAACCUUCUGUUAAGAUUCAGUUAGACUGGCAAGUCCUUCCAUAAAAGUAUACUGUCAUCACUUAACAUUGCUUGUUUUUGUAUAGGUCCUUACUAAAUAAGUGUGCCUCCCCCUUAUACUCUUACUAACCUUAGAUUCAUUAACUCCGCUGGUCACUCAUCUUCAUACCCCUUGACAAGCCAUAGCCCCCCUCCCCAAAACUCCUCUAUUGUUGUUUUGACAGGACAGACAUUUGGGGAUUUUGUGUAUAUUAAUGGAAGAGUGGUGUUGAAGAGUGUAUUGCAGUUGUAUAUGGAUUUGUUAUGAAUGUGGAUAUUCUGAUCAUUGAAUUAUUAUUGUAAUAAUGAUAAUAAUUAUUGCCACUUUUGUUGAUUAAUUCCUUUGAUGCGGUUGAUGAAGAUGCCAUUGUUCCUUUUUUUUUUCUUUUGGAAUACACCGGAAUUUAUAUUUUUCGGGUGGGUGAAUCUGGAGAUAGAAAUACGUAAAUAAAUUAAUAAAUAAACAAAUAAUUAAAU